AUAAAUAUCAUUUAGAUACAUUUCAUGCAAAUUAAAAAACUAACAAAAUAUACUAAUUUACUUUUUUUAUUGUAUAUGUAUUUAAACAAAAAUGAUUUAAUUAAAUAUAUGUUGGUUAUUUAAAAAAAAUGAAAAGGAGAUUUAAUGUGAAAAUUUACAUUGAAGAUGUAGAAUGACAUUUUUUGAAAUAAAUAAAAAACUAAAAUGAAGCUCUUUAUGAAACAUGUGGAAUAAUAUAUUGUUAAUGCUUGCACACUAAUUAUUUAUGCAUAUAUUUGUUUUGGAAUGUUCAAAAAAACUCAUUUGUUUUUUUUGGUUAGUAAAGCUUCUUCAUAUGUUUGAUUUGUCUCUUUGAAAAAGAAAACAUUUGUCUGGGAGCUUAUAGUCCAGUGGCAAGGAUAAGGAUUUGAGCAACACAUUUCAAAUUCGAUCCAUCUGUCAUGCGAAACAGACACUUUACAUGAAUAUGAAUUUUUGUUUUUGGCCUAUUUGAAUAUCCAGAAAGAAAAUUUAUCUAUAGACUGUACUUCCUCUUAGAGAUUAGUCUCGGCUCUUGUAUAGGUGUGGAUACUUCAAGAUUAAUCAUAAAAAAACAGGUGAUUUCUCUUAAAAUCCGACACCUGAAAGGAAUCAUUAGUUGAUCGUUCUUUUUUCUGUCGAGACGUGAUAAUAUAUCAUACACCUUCGUAAGUUCCAUUGUUUGUAUAACAGCUAAUUUUUCUUCUCAACGACCAAGACUUCAUAUAUUGUCUUUCUUUAUUCUGUGCAUUUGAGUUUGUUGUGACAUAAACGAAAGCAAAAAUGCGUUGAACAGGCUUCUGCAUUAAGUAAGUUAAACAAAUUAGUUGCGAUAAAUGAGUUAACAAUGACAAUGCUAUUAAUAUUUUGUCGACGUUGGAGCGGGUUCAGUUUAUAAAUAUAAACAUUAUCUUGACAAAAAAACUAGUUCUCGAUAAGUAUUUAACCACCAAAAUAUUUAAACUUUUAUAAUACAAGUAGAUUUUGUUAUUAUGUCGACAGUAACAUAGUAACAGGCACCUUCAAUACGGCCUGAUCGAUUUUAAUAUACCAAAAUCCGUAGGAAUAUUUUAUUCUUGUUUUUAGUAAACUAGAUGCAAUAAGUUACUGACAAUAUAUUAGGUGAUAAAAUAUGUGUGUAAAUAAUAAAACUACUAUACACUUGCUACGUAAAAUAAUUAUAAGAAAUUGGAUAAGAUCUUAAAAUUUUUGAUCCCUGAAUCUAACCGAACAGUCUAUAUAUGUUUGUAUAUUUCCCGUUUGUUUCAAUUUUAAUUUGAUUAUGGCCGAAUUAGAAGCUAAUUAUAUGAAUAAAGCUAUAUAUAAGUCAAUGAAUAAACCAUAUAUAAAAGGCUUAUCAACCAUCAUAAACUAUGUUCUAAGUCAAUGAAUCUAUUCAUUAAGUUAAACUCAUUAUUGAAUAUCUCAAUUCUUAAACAAUAAAAAAUCUUUGUUUGUAUUUUCAUACAUUUUGCAUAUUAGCCUAUAUUUUUCAGCUUAGAUUCUUUUUUCACACCAAAAAACGAAUGGAAAUUCAUUAUUGAUUUAUUUCUAUAGUUUUAUUGCUUUCAAGUUUCAAGUUAAGCUAAAUAUAAGUCAAUGAAUAAACUAUAUAUAAAAGGCUUAUCAACCAUCAUAAACUAUGUUCUAAGUCAAUGAAUCUGUUUAUUAACUUAAACUCAUUAUUGAAUAUCUCAAUUCUUAAACAAUAAAAACUCUUUGUUUGUAUUUUUCAUAGAUUUUGCAUAUUAGCCUAUAUAGUGUUUUUCAGCUUAGAUUCUUUCCGCUUUCACACCAAAAAGCGAAUGGAAAUUCAAUUAUUUAUUUAUUUCUAUAGUUUUAUUGCUUUCAAGUUUCAAGUUUCGUGUUUGUGAGAUUAUGAGGGUUAUUUACUCCAUUACAAUGUGAUUGCCCUUUUCUAUCUUAAGAAAAAGGGUCCAACUUGCUUAUUAUAUUCAAAAGUUAGUUGUCAUGCAAUACGACAAAAGCAAUCAUUAACUGGAAUCAAUUUAGAAUGAUUUUAUAUAAUCGGCCUUUCUUCAAUUAAAAAAUACUCCAUCGUCAUGCAUGACAUUAUCAAGACAACGAAAUGAACACAAAAUAAAACUAACCUGUUUGAGUUGUGAAUGGUGCAUUAGAAUGUGGUGCGGUUUUAAUCAAUUUUUGAAAAUCACUUGUUUUACUUAAUUCAACAAAAGUAAAAAUGUUGCGCACUUAAAGGUUAAGAAUAGAAAAAUAAAGAGUUUUAUUGGUAUUAUUAUGCAGUUGAUAAGUGUAAACAAAAGAUGGAUGUUGACAAGAAAAAAAAGAUGGAUGUUGACAAGAAAAAAAAAGAUGGAUGGAUUGAUUUGGUUUGAUCUACUCAUUGGAUAACAACACAACACAUCAUAAACGAUCCAUUUUUAAUGUGUCCAUGGCACAAACAAGUUGAGCAGUUACGCGAGCUGGUUUAAAGUGGAUUCGAUCUGUAUUUCUAGAUAUGGUAGGUUGUAGCUUAAAGGUAGUCGAAUAAGGAUGCAUGUUAUAUAUUCAUGCCUGACUUAAAAUGACACAAUUUAUCUAUAAUCGGAGGUAUUGGUAAAAAUCACAAGUGACAGAAGAAACUUUUUUAUCAUCUGCUUUUUUGACCCAAAAUUUGCAUAAUAAUCCCAAUUUAAUUAUGAUUACAGAUUAUUUUAUAAGCGUCUACAUCAAUGCAUUUUAUUUUAAUUACUCUGAUAAAAAAAACACUAGAAAACAUAGAUAUAAACUCACUUUGUCUGUCUUUCAUUGUCAGAAACUUCUAAAGAGUCUUCUCUUCCUUCUUCUGGACAAGAUACAGACAAAAAACACAAAAAGAUAAUGAAAGGAAGAGUCAUAGCUCUUACAAACCUUAACGACCUCGAACUACACAACUUCUUGGUCGAUCCAAACUUCGAUCAGUUCAUAAAUCUCAUAAGAGGAGAUGAUCAAACCAUCGAACACCCACCUCUUGAUUUCGACCUCGGUGGUCCUUUACACAACAGCCCAUGUUUCAUCGACGACAACCAGUUUAUCCCAACACCUGUCGACGACCUGUUCGACGAGUUGCCUGAUAUAGACUCCAAUGUGGCCGAAUCGUUCCGUAGCUUCGAGGGUGAGAGUGUUGUAAGAGCAAGCGGCGAAGACGAUUACAACGACGGCGAUGAUUCUUCUGCCACCACGACGAAUAAUGAUGGAAGCCGUAAGAAGAAGACGGAUCGGUCGAGAACUUUGAUCUCCGAGAGAAAAAGGAGAGGUCGGAUGAAGGAUAAGCUCUACGCGUUGAGAUCUCUUGUUCCAAACAUUACUAAGAUGGAUAAAGCAUCCAUUGUGGGAGAUGCAGUGGCGUACGUUCAAGAGCUGCAGUCACAAGCCAAGAAACUCAAAGCUGAUAUCGCUGGCCUUGAAGCUUCUUUAACUUCCACUGAAGGGUACCAAGAACCUGCACCAGUUGCUCAGAAAAGUCACACUUUCCGUUGUAUUAAUCCACCGGUUUCCAAGAAAAUCAGUCAGAUGGAUGUUAUUCAAGUAGAGGAGAAAGAGUUUUAUGUGAGAUUGGUGUGUAAUAAAGGAGAAGGUGUUGCUGCAUCACUCUACAAGUCUUUGGAGUCUCUUACAAGUUUCCAAGUGCAAAACUCCAACCUAAGCUCCCCUUCUCCUGACACAUACCUCUUAACAUAUACAUUAGAUGUAAACCAACUUGUCCCUUUCUACAUUUUUUGUGGUUUAUGUAAGUUUACGUUUACCAAGUACCGAGUUUGCUUGUUUGCUGAAAACAGGGGACAUGUUUUGAACAGAGCUUAAACUUGCCUAACCUGAAGCUGUGGAUCACUGGAUCACUUCUAAACCAAGGUUUUGAAUUCAUCAAGCCAUUCAAUUGAUUCUGUAACGCUGUGUUCCAGUAUGAUUAUAAUCCGGUUAUGUAUCUCAUUGAUUGUCUUCCUUUCUGUAUGUUUCAUAACUUUCCAGCGAUCUAAUUUUUAUUCGGAAGCUGAUGUAA